AUGGCUUCUCACAGUCUUACCAACAAAGCUAUUCUUCUCCGACAACUUAUAGCAAAGACCGACAACAAGGUCUGUUUCGAUUGUGGUUCCAAGGAUCCGACAUGGGCAUCGAUUACAUACGGUAUUUUUCUCUGCAUGGAUCGUUCAUCUGCUCAUCGAAAUCUCGGUGUUCAUAUCAGCUUCGUGAGGUCAACAAUUGUAGGCUCAUGGAGCGGUGAGGAGCUGAAAACGAUGAUGCUUGGGGGCAAUAACCGCGCUCAGGGGUUCUUCAAGCAAUAUGGAUGGACCAACGGUGGCAAUAUUGAGGCCAAGUACACUUCAACAGCUGCUGAUUCGUAUAGGCAGAUUCUUGCUAAGGAAGUUGCUCAAGACAUGGCGGAAGAAACUACUACAGAAGCAUCUAAUGCUGCCAAGGAAGAGUUACCGAUACAUGAAGCUACUUCUUCGCCUAAAGCUUCUUAUUCAGUUGUUCCCAGUACGUUUACGAAACCUAUCUGUGGAAAAAGGACGGGAACAACUGGUGGUCUUCGUGCACGGAAGCUUACUACUAAUAUUAAAAUGCAAGAUUCUUUUCUUCUUUCUCUUUCGGGCGCCGGUGGUUGUACACUAGUGCUUAGCCAUGUUCCACCACCAAAGAAGUCAUUGAGCUUAUCGAAAGUUCUAAUUUCUAGGUUGAAGAAUCGGAUGAAGCAAGAAAGAAGUUUUCAAACGCCAAGUCCAUAUCCUCUUGAAUCUAGAUUUACACUUGAGAAGUUAUCGGAGAGGCUCAAAACUUUGGGCUCCGUUGUCAUUGGUGGUCUAAAAGGUGGUAUAUUCCCCAAGAAACCAGAAUAUUCUGAGAAAACUUCCACUGUACUUCAUAUUCGUUCCAUUAGUAUCGAGAAUUUGGAUAACGAUUUGGCAUCCGGUUUGGCAAAUAAUGGGAAUGCAUCUACGGUUCAUAAGGUCAUAGCUCGACGGCCUCUGCUCGAAAAGUGA